GGCAGCGCCAUGGAGCGGCCAGAUCAGGUAGAGCUCAGCAGCCUCACCCGUCGGUCGGACGUCACCAUCUUGGACGUGCCGGUGCACCUUCCUUACUCUCUCGGCGAGGAUCUUGCGGAGAUCCGGCGGCUGGAGAGAUACGGCGUGCGGAUCCUCACGGCAGAUCCAUCCGAUGGUCGUGGUGGCUUGCAAUUGGUGAAGCAGGAGGAGGGGAUCAGAGGCGAUGACGGGGCGGCGGAUGGCGGGGAGGGUCGGAUGGAUGACGACAGGGAGAGAGAGAUCUUCUCGGUGGGUGGCGACCUGAAGAUGGAAGGCAAGACAUCCCUCCUCAUCUUUGGACCGAAGUGAGCAUUCGGGGACGGAUUGAUGGACAGCUGGGGGAGAGGGAGGGUGCAGGGAGCUGCUGGGUUGUUGGCUCUUGCAGGCGGGAGCGGCACAUCGUGUCCCUCCUCCUCAUGUAGGGCCGGCUGGCUGGCUGACCACCAACACGACACACCACUCAGAACACUCAUGGAUGGUUGUGCUGUGCCUUGACUGGCUGGCUGCCGACAGGUACAACGUGGGGACGGCUGUGGUUGACUUCUACCCCAUCCUCAAGUCGCCCGGCCACACGCCGUCCUACUUGUCAAAGGAUGUCAACACCCAGAAGCGCAGCGCCCCGUCACAUCACAUCGACAGCAUCGUCAAGGAUCAAGAGGUAUGAGACGACGCGUGCGCAUGGUUUUGAUGGCCAUGGUUGGUUACCAAUUCCACAUGGUGAUCUGCACAGGCAGUGUUGGAGGACGUCACAGGUGCGUCCAUUCACUGGGUACAGAAACAGCGAGCCGACUGCUACUUCAUCACCGGUGCGCAUGACGAGAGAUGAGAUCGGAUGAACGAAUGGGUGGAUGGAUGCACAGAGCCCUGUAUGUAUGUAUGUAUGUAUGCGUGUGUAUGUGUGUCAGGUACUGGUGCGGAGCGUUUGAUGGCCCAGCGGCUGAUCGAUGUGUUGAUAGCGCAGGCGGGCCGCAGUCCCGAACGACCCUGCCUGCUUCUUCGACAGAGACCUAGUGCUCGAAUGGUCUGCAUCAAGCGAUAAAGGCAUGCAUGGCGGUCGAUGUUUGUGCUGUUCGCGUCUUGUGCAGUGAGCAUCUUGUCAAGGAGGUGGAGCUGCCCAGCGGGUCGUGCGCCAGGCUCCUGCCAUUCAGACCUGAAGCCGACCCUUACAUCGUCGACGAGAGCGCCAUCAUCGUUCGCGUGCACAACAGGUCAAACGACGCGCACACACAAGAGAAACGUCCGGCAUUCACAUUCAUUCCCUCUCUCUGUGUUUCAUGGUCUGUGCAGGCCGGGUGUGUGUGGUCGUGACGUGGAGACGGUUGCGGUGUUUGCCGUGCGUGGGUCGCGGCGCAAGAAGAUAGCCAAGUACGUGCACGACCGAUUCAUACACACAUCAUCUCGAUCCACGUACAAACAAACAACACACACACACACACACACAAAUCUCGUGAAGGCCUGCAUUUGCGCCCCUUGUAUGCAUGUGAGCAGCUUUGGCGGGCGCCCUUAUGGGUUUCACGAUCCUGCUCGUCGCAUGAAGGGCCAGAGAGGCCGUCAGUCGCCCUCCACCCCACACAGGAGCCAGUCACGCUCACGCUCACGGUCACCCCCUCGGUACACAUCCAGGUGCAACACCAAAGUGGAGGUAAGGUGAGAUACAAGGGACGGAAGGCCCCCACAUAUGUGCCCGCUGCAUGUUGCUGGUGGCGUCAGGGCACUGGCAGUGGAGGUGUUGGUGAGCAUUCGAAGAGACACGAUGGAGGCAGCGACUCGAGCCCACUGCGAAAGGUGAGGCGGGAUGGCAACGACCUGUGAGAAAGUACCUGUCUGGCUACGCGGUUGUUGUGCUUGCAGCGGCCCCACACAGCCGCCAGCAAGGACCGCCACCGCCGCUCAGGCUCACCCAUAUCAUCCGGGGUCAGUCAGUCAAACACUCAAAUUCGCACCCUCAUUGUGGGCGUCGGCAAUUAAUGCGACACAUAUGCCUCCCUGUACAUGUUUGUGUGUGCAGGAUGGCAGCCCCCGUCAGCCUCUCAGUGAGCGGCAGGAGGGCAAGGCCACCACACAGGAGAAGCAGGUGAUGAGAUGGGGGACGAGAUGGAUUGAGGAAAGCCCCUGUGUCCUUUUUAUUCGUAGCCUCCUGUUCGCGUGUCGUUCUUCGACCUGUCGCACGAGCAGCUGUGUGCCAUCUUCACUCACCCACACGCUCCGUCGCCGCUCAAAACACUCGCAAACGACUUCCAACAGGUAUGCAGGGCUACACACAUCCAUCCAUUGAUUGCAUUCGGUUGAUGUGUCUGUCUGUCUGUCUGUCUCUCAGGGUUUGGACGGCCAUAUGGCGUCCCUGCUGCUGGAGAGGGCCUCCAAGGGCAUGCUCGCCGACGUGCAUACCUGCCCCCUGGGCACCCUGCUCCUCCUUUGUCGUGUGCGUGAGAUGAUGGGCCAGCAGGGUGGCUGGCCGCCAUGUGCCACCUCCAACCAGAUCCAGCUCUUCCUCGACAAAGCCUUCCCCGGCGACGGCGGGCCGCGCAGCAUCCUGAACAAGACGCCCGAGGACAUCGCAGGAAUGCUGCAGGAGGAGACAUACACGUCCGCAGAUCUGGCCGAGAAAGUCAUCGAGGUGAGACGGAAGACGAUGAAUGGAUGGAUAUGUUGUCUCUGUUAAUGUGUUUGGUCACCCGUGCAGCAUCAGCUGUCGGGUCGUGCGUUGAGUCUGCUGAAGAGGUAUGUGGGUGAGCAGGAGGCCAUCGACCGUGAUGCGGUGCUCAAGGAGGGCGUGUCGUGGCUGCGGCCCUUCGGGGACACUGUGGCCGAGAGGGUGGGUGCGGAGGUCAGGCUGUCCGACCGCAUAGACAAGCCACAGGUCUACAGACACAUGGCAUAGAGGGGGUCAGGGUACGGAGCAAGAGAAGGGCCUGCAGGUGCGUAGCCUUUGAGUCCUCUCUGCAUGGGAGUGUGCAGCUGUUGCGAUGGAUGUGUGUGGUGUGGACCUGUCUGUUUGCCUCUC